UCUGAAGCAUUCGAAAACCCCAGCCCAGUCGCCACCGCCGUCGCCGGGGUUUGCAGGUCGUGACCGUCACCACCGUCGCGUGGUCUCUUCCCCAGUUCGCCCGUUCAUUCAUCUCAGCCUAGCCCCUUCUGAAGCAUUCCCAGGCUCCCAGCGUCCCCGUGGUCCUCUAGCUGCCAUUGCCGUCGCCUGCUCCUCAGCACCGCCGCUUCGUCUUCGCUGGCCUCUCCCUUCGUCGUGGCUGGUCUUAGCUUCGUCAGCACCCAGACAGCAAAGCUACAAAGGCUUCUCCAUAGUGCAAUAUGAAGACAAGAUCCAUGGGUGUGAAGAAUUCACUAAGAAAACUAUUAGAAGGAAUCACAAAUAAGUGGCAAAAAAGAAGGUGGAACUCUCGGAGUCCAGGAUCUGGCAUAUCUUCUUGCAACAGCCAACUUUAUGGGAUCUCCAAGCUCCCAUUUAGAUCUGUGAAAAAAGAACGAACCGCAUCAACAAGAAGAAGGAGAAGGAGAAGAAGAAGAAGAAGCAGAAACGGCGUCGUAUAGAUACGUAGAGGGUGGUUGUUAUGGCUACAAAGCUAAAGUAUCUGUCUUCCAUUGCAGAGGACGUUCUUAAGAGAUGUGCACAGAAACUAGAAAUUCCAGUAGAGGGAUUGGUGGAAGAAUUUGAAUCAGGAUGGAACCCGGAUGAGGGAGACUACUGCAAAAAAUUAGUAGAAUUUUGCAGUACCAAGACUCUAUGUCAAAAACUGUGCCAGGAUGGCAUACAGGAAAAGAUCAACGAUGGCUCAUUUAGCAGGUUGACCUAUGAUAUGAUGCUUGCUUGGGAGAGACCUAGAUACUAUGAUGAAGACGGCACGGAAUCUGUAGCAAAGGAGCACGAAGAAAGGAUAGCUCGAAAAGCCACUCAAGAACAGGAAGAUAUCCCUCUUUUUUAUUCAGACAUCAUGCCUCUACUUGUUACUAAUGAGGCCAGUGUCGGAGAAGAUGCAUUUGUGUGGAUGGGAUCACAAUUUCCAUUAGUAGCAGAUGUUGCAAAUGGAAGGUUUACUUUUGAAACUCUAACAGCACCAACAGGCCUCCGACUACACCAUCCGGCAUACGAUAUAUUCUUAAAAAAUAUGGACAAGUGCAUACAGCAUUUGCAGAAUCAGACAAAGCCAAAUGGUGUGGAACUGGCCGAUGACGAAUACAUAUUACAUGUCGAAGGAACAGCAAGCUCCCAGAGAGUCGUUCGCCACAUUGGGACGACAAGUUGGCCUGGUAGGCUUACACUGACCAACUAUGCUCUUUACUUCGAAGCCUCGGGAAUAAUAAAUUACGAAGAUGCUAUAAAAAUGGACCUCUCCAAGGAUGUCGAGCAGAGUGUAAAACCAGCUGCCACAGGUCCCUGGGGAGCUCAACUUUUCGACAAGGCCAUAAUCUAUGAAUCAUCUGAUUCAUCAGAGGAGAUUGUACUAGAGUUUCCAGAACUCACAAGUUCCACGAGGCGCGAACAUUGGCUAGCACUGAUAAGGGAAAUAAUGUUUCUCCACCAGUUUUUAUCGAAGUACAAUAUCAAUGGUCCAAUCCAAGCAUGGGAGAUUCAUGCAAGGACAAUAUUGGGAAUCAUAAGGCUUCAUGCAGCCAGAGAAAUGCUAAGAAUAUCACCACCUGUCCCAACGAAGUUCCUAAUAUUCUCCUUAUACAACGAGCUGCCAAAGGGAGAUUAUGUUCUCGAAGAAUUCGCAGAUAGCCUCAAGAAGGUCAAUAGUGCACACUCGUGUAGCGCAAGCUCAAUCCUUAGAAUUAUGAACAUGUAUAGGUCCAUACCUUCUGAUGAAAUAGUAGAGAAGCCAAUUCAAGAAGUUGAAAGUAGCACGAGUGCUUUAGAAGAUAGUCCUUCCUUGAAGACAGCUAUCAAACAAUCAAGGAAGGAAGAAAAGGAAGUUCUCAUCGCGAAAGCUACCACUGAAGAAUUAAAGGAUGAUGGUGUCAUCGACAGCAUUAUGGUUCUUACAGAACUAUUAAAACCACUCAAACAUGUAGUCCCAUGGGUUCAAGGAAUCUUCGCUUGGGAAAGGCCAAUAAAUACUGUUGCUGUUCUUGUUCUAUCUCUCAUAAUCACUUAUAUACCUUGCAGGGAGUGGGUUGGUAAGGCAAUCGCAUGUUUCUUGAUAUGGGUGAUAGUAAAGAUGCUUGAGGCAAGAAAAAACAGGAUAUGCGAGAAGCGCAAAGAGAUAGUAAUAAGUAGAACAAGUAUGGCUUCAGAUCAGUCCACGGUGGAGAGCAUUGUCUCAGCCCAGCAUGGAUUGUAUACUGUUCAUGAGAUCAUGCAGAUAGCUAAUAUAGCAAUGCUAAAGAUAUGGUCAAUACUUAUUUACAAGGCAGAUAAGCAUGCAAAUGUAGUGAUGGUGGCAAUGAGUGGUUUGGCAUUCUUACUGGCAGUGAUUCCAUUUAAGUACUUCCUAAUGGGAAUCAUUCUGCAAACCUUUGCCACAUCGUUGAAGAGAGUUAAGCUGCCGCCGCCACCGUCAUCGUCUCCUGGAACAGGGAACAGACGCUUAAGGGAAUGGUGGGACUCAAUUCCAAUUGUUUCUGUUCGUGUAGUAGACAAUGCUCUUGAUGAAUAGGUCCUUUUCGCUUUAGUAGCUUACAAGAUUGUAUAUAUUAUGAGUUGUAAUAUAAUACAUGUAAUAAAAACUUGGUCAAAGGUACAAUAGAGUAUUUACGUUGGUAUAAUAGAUGGAAUAUAGCAUACAGAAACAUGACAAUAUAAUGCAUGGAACUUACAUAUAUAUCAAGGAAGUUACACUGCAGAGUUCAAUAUGCAUUUCUUGUGUUAUAGUGUUUCAAAUUCUAGUCUAUAUAAGAGAAUAAUGGAAGACUGGAGCGU